AUAAUUAAAUUUUUUCUAGGUUGCUUUUGCAGAAUGGUCUCCAAAGUUACUACUGUAAAACUUUCCAGUGGGCAUGAAAUGCCUAUGAUUGGACUUGGGACGUAUGCUCGUAAAGCCGAUCCUGGGCAGUUCUGCCAAGCAGUUGAAUGUGCGAUAGACGCAGGCUACCGGCACAUAGAUACGGCUUCAUGCUACAAAAAUGAGGUGGAGAUUGGACAAGCUAUUGCCAAUAAAAUCAAACAAGGAGUGGUGACUAGACAGGAUCUUUUUGUGACAACUAAGUUAUGGAAUGAUUCACAUGCAGAGGCUGAUGUUAUACCAGCUCUCAAAGAGUCACUGAACAAACUAAAACUCGACUAUGUUGAUCUGUAUCUGGUCCACUGGCCAGUUUCUGUUAAUAGUCAAGGUGAAGACACAGCAGUAGACCACUCUGAAACAUGGAGAGGAAUGGAGCAGGCUGUGGCGCUGGGCCUGGCGAAGUCCAUAGGGGUGUCUAACUUCAACGAAGAACAGCUGGAGAGGCUGCUGAAAAGUGCCAAGAUAAAGCCUGUAGUCAAUCAGUUUGAGAUAAAUCCAACCCUUACUCAGCAUAAGCUAGUAAACUUUUGCAAAGAGCCCUCUGUAGUGCCUAUGGCCUACACGCCGCUUGGUCUCAUCUCCGAAGCGAGGCCGGAGUUCAUUGGGAAAGACGCCAUCAAAACUGACCCAAAGCUGGGCGAGCUAGCGCAGAAGUAUGGGAAGACGCGGGCGCAAAUCGCUUUGCGGUACCUGAUCCAACGCGGCAUACCUGUUCUGCCGAAAUCAUUCACCAAGUCUCGUAUAGAAGAAAACUUGAACAUAUUCGAUUUUGAACUAACUGACAAAGAAAUGGAUAUAGUAGAUAGUUUUAAUAUCGAUCACAGAUGUGUUCCUGGUACCAUAUUUGCCAAGUGCACACAUUAUCCCUUUUAAACAGAUGUUUAAAAUUGAGUUUACAUAUUGUGUAAACACAUUAUGUAGGUAGACAAAUACUAACUUACUAGUGGGAAUAUGAUAAUGGUAGAUUAAUUAUAACUUGAAAGCAUAAUAACUGUAAUAUACAAAGUAUAAUUACGUAAUAAUUGUGAUAUUUUUAUACAAAUGCAUUGUUAUGUAUAUUUGGGUACAAAUAAAAUUUGUUUUGUUACAACAACUUGCUUUUAGUUGGAAGGGUCCUAGGAGGGUUUAGUGAAGUCUUUAGAGGUCUUGUUGAAGAAAACAAAAUACUUUUAUAACCACCAUUUUAUUAAAUCAAAAACAAUAAAUAUAAAUCAUGUCCAUAUUCAAUGCGAAACAGAAAAUAUCAAAAAUAAAAUUGCAGCAAAUAAAUGUAACAAAUGUCGUAGAUUCUGAGGUAUAAAUAGUGGAAUGAUAAGACCUUGGCUUAGCAAAGGGCUUAUGGGAUCUUUAUAAGAGGAGUAUAAAACGAAAUGCACAGUAAUAACGUAAAAUAUGCCCGUUUCAUUUGAAAUGCAUGAAAUGGUACCGCUUAUUUGGAGGCAAGUUAAUUGUGACCGUUUAUUUGGUAUUUAGUAAACAAUUAUCAACACUAAUGAUAGAUUUUUUUGUAUGUUGUACCUAAUUAACUUAAGAUUAGAUAGACGUUAAUUAGUACUGAAUUGUGCUUACUAAACUAUCUCAUUGCUCUUGCUAUCUCCAUCUAGACUACUAGCAAAUUACACAAUGUACCAUUUCUUUACAGAAGUUACAAAUAAAUAUUAACCUUAUUGUAAAAACAACAAGGAUUACAUUUGCGUCCAGUAUUUCAUAGUAUUCACUCUUUAUCACAAAUCACACAGUUUUCAUAAAAUGAAAAAUAACAGUGACAUAUUUGGUUCCGUUCAAAAACAUGUUUGAAAUAAUAAUAGUUUGUACUAAGAACUAAUUAGGCAAACUGAGAGAAUCACGUAACCUUAGAAUUACACAAUAAAUAUUUAUUUACAAAUGAUGAUUGCGAGAGCCAUUUCAUUGUAAAUAACAUUUGUUCAUGUCAAUAUUCUUCUGAAGAAUCAAAGCAAAGUACCUUGUACUGUCAAAAAUUAAACGUAAAUCCAAAAACAUAAACAAUUUGUGACCAAUAAAUUUGUAGAAAUAGAAAAACAGAAAUACUUUUCAAAAUCACUCCAACUGCAAAAGCAGCAAAUAAAAAAUUGAUAUUAAAAAGUGAUCGAAACAUUUUUAACAACACAAAACAAUACAUUACAUUUCAUCCACAACUGUUCUACAAAAAUAUACUUUCGAUGUAUCAAACACUUAAAAGUUUAAAACAGUUCUACUUACAACUACGGUGACAUUGACUGAAGCUUACUUUGUACAUUUACAUUAUAUCCUAUAGUAUAAAAUGUAAAAAGACAGGGGCGUAUUCAGGAAUAUAAUUUGGGGCCCGCAUAACAAGCGUGGGGGUCACUGACCUCUAUUUAUACGAGUACAUCGACUAUUUAUGAUUUUUUAGUCAUUUUAGCACUGAUCGUAUUGGUUCUCAAGACACGAUGUCUAUAAAGCCGAAAUUGGCGCGAAAAUAACGACGAAUAUAGUGCAGCACAUUAGAGGCCAGUAGACUAAAUACCAAAGAGUUUUACUAGUGGCAGAUAAUCACA